UACGGAAGUGUUUUCGACCGGAACCUCUGAGCUCAUUCGACCAGAGUUCCUCCGGACCAAAGUUUUUCCCAAAAGUUUCAGGACUCGUGAAGUUCCGUCCCGCGCGCUCGGGGCCCGGCAGACUGCUCCGGGACCGCCAUGGAGAGCGCGGGCUCCUCCGGGGAGCGGCGGGCGGGCGGCGGGGCCAGGCCGUGGAUCGCGGCGGCGCUGUCGGUUCUUGGUUCGGCUGCGGCCGUGGCCGCCGCGGGCUGCCUGUGCGCGCUCGUGUACCCCAUCCUCCGAGAGCUGCGAUCCGAGAUGGUGAGAGGAGAAAACGGGACAGAGGAGAAGAUCCUGGGUUUCUGGAGCGUCCUGCUGCUUUCGCUGUGUGGAGGAUGUAUCUGCUGGCUGCUCUCCUGGACUCUGACUUACCUCCACAUGCACCAGCCCAGCAGCCCCAUCCCACCACCAGCAUCACCAACAGGCCUCAGGGUCGGGUCUGGACAUCCCGUCUGCAUGGAUUAUGGGGUGGCUUUUCUCAACGGGGUCUUGGCCAUGCUCACUGUGAUCUGGAGCCUCUCCUGAUCCAGAAGGUGGCCAGUUUCUGAGCCGGGCAGAGGGUCCGGGUUCAGAGCUGCCGCUCUCAUUGUUCAGCUUAACGAGUCAGCUUCAUCCUGUGUUGGCUUCUUUCAAAUUGUACGUCUUAUAGGUCCUGUUGUAUAAAACUGGUUUUAUUUCAGAAGAUACUAUUGUUUUCACAGUGGAAUUUUAAAUAAAAGAAUAUGAUGUCAACAGUU